CCUAAUUAUGCAUAUGCUUAGAAACCGGAAGUCGGCCAUCUUGGAGGAUAUGCAGUCGCGAGGUCACGGUKAUGGCUUUAUAGAUAUCAGUCUUUUGAAUGCUUAUUAUAGAAGUUUUUUGUCAUGCCAACUCUUUGUGCUGUGUUUGGUUGUGGUCACAACAGUAUCCGAGACAAMGACCGAUUCAGUUUUUAUAGAAUUCCUAAGAUUACAACGCAUCUUGGKGACAAAACGCAAAGACUUAGUACCGAAAGAAGGGCAAAAUGGUUCUUCAACAUAGGAAGAUCGAAGGACGAUCUGACCYAGAAAAAAGCUGAAACAACACGAGUUUGUAGCGCUCAUUUCGUCAACGGCAAACCGGCUGAUCUUUACGAUCAGAACAACGUUGAUUGGGCACCUACUGUAAAUAUGGGGCAUAAUUUUAUCAAAAACCCCUCUGCUGCUGCUUCACGAGGGGCAAGGGCCGAUAAAAGAGCAAAAAGGCCCACUCAAACGCAGCCAAAGAAAUCGAAGAAGCCAAAGAAAGCUCAACACGUGGAGUUGACAGACAGUGUGACAACUACAGAUGAACCUCCCUCUGAAAAUCCACUGCCAGAGCCAGCUAUUAGCACAGACGAGGACAAUCAGAAGGGCUGCCAAGUGUCAGUUGAAUUAUCAGAGGCAUAUGUCCAGACAACAUAUGUCCAGACCGGCUCAGAUGCAUGUGUCCAGACAUCACUUACUGCCAGGGAUCUCGAAAAUCAAGAACAGUAUAUGCAGACCAUACAAUCAGAGUUAUCUGAUCUGAAACAAAAGCUCUUAGAAUCCCAGAUGAAUAUAGAUUCAUUCAGGGGGAAUGAUAACAAAACACAGUUUUAUACUGGCUUGCCUAAUUUCUUUUUGCUCAUGCAAGUGUUCACCUUAAUUGCACCUUCUGUUAAAUCUACAAGCUCCAAUGCACUGACACAGUUUCAAGAGAUGCUCCUUGUGCUUAUGAGAAUUAAAAUCAAUGUACCUCUGCAAGACCUUGCUUACAGAUUCUCAGUUUCUGUAUCAACAGCAAGCAGAAUCUUUGAUAGGUGGAUUGAGGUCAUGUCUGAUCGCCUGGAAUUCCUCAUACAUUGGCCAGACAGAGAGGAACUAAGAGCUACAAUGCCAACAGUCUUUAAACAAAAUUUUGGAAAAAAGGUGUCUGUCAUAAUCGACUGAGGUGUUUGAGGUGUUUAUUGAAAAGCCAUCUAGCUUGAUUGCUCGAGCAAUGACAUGGUCCAACUAUAAACAUCACAACACUGUUAAAUUUUUAAUUGGUAUUACCCCACAAGGCUCUAUAUCUUUUAUAUCUAAAGCUUGGGGUGGGAGAGUAAGUGACAAAUACCUUACAGAAAAUUGCAGCAUAUUAAGAAAACUUCUCCCUGGAGACAUUGUAUUGGCYGACAGGGGGUUUGACAUUGCAGACAGUGUUGCAAUCCAGCAAGCCAAACUACAUAUACCGGCAUUUACGAAAGGAAAAAAGCAGCUAUCUGCACUUGAAGUUGAGGAAACCAGAAAAAUUGCAAAUGUGAGGAUACARGUUGAAAGAGUGAUUGGACUGGUACGUCGCAAGUACACCAUCCUGCAAAGUAUUUUGCCAAUUCACUUAGUUKAGGCAAAACGAAAUGGCAAACAGGUGUCAAUUGAUAGAAUUGCUAAAGUAUCUUGUGCGUUAACUAAURUGUCAGAUUCAAUUGUGCCUUUUGAAUAGUUAAAUUUAAUCAAACAUAGAGUGGUUUCAAUUAAUCUGUGAAACAAAAUCUAAUAGUCAAAAGAGAAAAGAAAAAACAAAAGAAAACAAUGGAAAUACUAGGAUUGAAUAGUUACUAUUAGUCUACUAACUAUUUCACAGAUUAAUUGAAACCACUCUAAA